UCACAGAUACCAACAUGCGGGAUGAACCGUUCGACUUCGCGCGAGACUUCAAUCCGGGCCAAGAUAUAAUGAUGCAGUGCUUUGAGUUGAUCAUCGCACGCCUACGCCGAAACUACCGCAUGAUCCAGCUGUUCGUAUCCGCGAACAACGGCCGGGGGCAACACAUGAACAAGUACCCGGAGUAGGAGUUUUACGACACGCUCUGGCGACUCAGCAUAAACUGGCCGGUCAACGAUGCACUCACGUGGGCAGACGAGGAGGAGCGGAGGGGGUUGAUCGCGGCUUGGCUCGGAUACACCUUGCCUUGACCGGAACGCCUGACGGGUUUCGGGCUCAUCUGGAGUGUAUGUCCGGUUGUCUACCGUGACCCCAGGAGGUGG